CAUGCAUAUAAGACCUCAACAUUAUAUAUUUAAGUACGCUUGUACUUGAAACUUGUUGCUGGAAAAAAAAUCUUCUGAAGCUCUCAACAUCUGAAAAGUUUCUUCACUGUAUUCAUAGAACGCUGAUCUUCAUUCGUUGUGGAUCUGAGGAUUCAGACUAAAUCAGGAUGUUGACCACUGCAGCUCUUCUUCUCAUUGUCACCAGUAAUGUUGUCCUAGGAUGGGAUGACAGACGGGCUGUUGAAGGAAAGAAAUAUUCAUUAGAUAUGGCACUGGAUUCAGUCGAUGACAUGUAUGAUCGUUGUGAAAGCAAAAUGAGAAUGGCUGUGAGAACAACAUUUCUAUUCAAAGAAAUGUGUGCUAACGUGGAUAAAUUUGGGCAAGUUUGGGCGUAUAGUACAGGAGGAAUCCCUGGACCAGAUAAAUUACAAAACUACCAUUUAGUUGCAAUCUAUAUAUACACUGAUGAUAGUAUAUAUAAAGAGUUUAAUCGCAUUGUUAGGCUUGGUAGAAAAGAUUACAAAGGCAAGAAAUACACAUGGAAUUCACUUCACUUUUUGUUGACAGAAGCGAUACAGAUUCUUAAGAAAAAACAAAAGAAAUGCAUAACAACUUUUCGUGGUACCAACCAUACGUUUAAUGAGAAUGUUCUGAAUACAGAGAUUCGUUUUGGCUCAUUUACGUCGUCCUCUACUAAAAAAAAAAUUGCAAUGGGAUUCGGAACAGAAUCUUGUUUUGAAAUCCAAACUUGUUAUGGUGCUGAUGUGUCAAAAUACUCCCGGAAUCCUGGUGAAAAAGAGGUGCUGAUUCCCCCAUAUGAGAAAUUUAAAGUCACUGCUAUCAUGAAGAAAGAGCAGAAGAAAAGUGCCUGGUGUAACACUGUGUUCAUGUUGAAGAGCUCUGGAUAUAGAAGUGACUUAAACUGUGCCAUGGUCUCAAUUAAGCCACAGAUAUAUCACAAUGUCUCUCUGUUCGAUUAGCUCUUACAUCUUCAUUCAUUUAUCUUUUUUUUAUUGAAUGUUGUUGCCAUUGUACUAACAAUCAUGAUGUUUUUGUUAAAGCUCCAAUUCUUAAGAUUGUAUUGAGCUCUGCAUCUUUCUUUCACAGUGGUACGCUUAAAAAAAUGAUUUAAUUAGUUGAGCUGUCACUCAGGUCCAAUUCUCGAAUGUACCUCAUGCUGUAUUUUUGACCCAUAAUCCGUAAAUAUUGGACAGAACACACAGGUGGGUUAAAAUUGGGGAAUUCUUAUCCCAGCAUGUGUUUUGUCCAAUAUUUACCAAUUAUGGGUCAAAAUUAACCCAGCCAUUUUUAGAGUAUAUUAUAGCCUAAAUAAAACCAACAAGACAGAUCAAAUGGAUUCAUCACAUCUUUGGGUAUCCUGAGAUUCAUUGUGCCCCUGUAAACAGGUUUAAUAACAGUACUGUAUGUAUUCA